UAAGGAGAGGUAGAGAGAGAGAGAUAGAAAGAGAAAUAUUGUGAGAGACACACAUGGAUUGGUUGCCCCUGGCAUGCGUGCAGACCUGGGUGGGGAUCGAACCUGCAACCCAGGUAUGUGCCCUUGACUGGGAAUGGAACCCACAACUCUUGGGUGUGUGUGCCGAUGCUCUAACCAUUUAAUCACACCGGCCAAGGCUCUUUUUUUUUUUUUUUAAUUGCAUUGACUACUGUCUCUAGCUCAGUGUUGAAUAAAAGCAUUGAUAACAGGCAUCCUUGUCUAGGUAAUUGAAUAGAGUGCUUCUAAUAUUUUAUCAUUAAGCAUGAUAUUGUAGUGGGUUUUUUUGGAUGGGGUAGAUGUUAUUUAUUACAUUCUCUUAUGCUUAUUUUAGUUUUCAUUGUGAACAGAAGUUGAUUUUUCUAAUGUGUUUGCUGGAUAUAUUGGUUUGAUGGAUCGCAUAGAUUUUCUUUUUUUAAAUUAAAAAAAUUUAAUUACAAUUGACAUUCAAUAUUGUAUUAGUUUCAGUCAGCUAUCUUGAGGAUGUAGAUUUUCUAUUUUAAAUUAUCUUUGGAUUUCCUGGAUUAUUGCUAUGUACUUUUCCUUUUUCAUGUCGGCUUUGUAUUGUUUUGAUAACAAACAUGGUUAUGCUAACUUCAUAAGAUGAGUAUGGCAGUAUUUUUUCUUUUUGAAAUAAGUUUUACUUAAUACUCUGUUCUUGAAAGUUAGAAUUCAUCUGUGAAACUGCCUGGUGUCUUUUCUGUGAAUUGAUUUGAUUUAAGUUUCUUUGGUGGUGGUAAGUCUUUUUGACUUUUUUUUAAAAAAUUGAUUUGAGAGAGAGAGAGAAACAGAAGAAAUUUGUUGUUUCACUUAUUUAUGCAUUUAUUGGUUGAUUCUUGCAUGUGCAUUGACCGGGAGUUGAACUCGCAACCUUAGCAUAUCAGGAUGGUGAUAUCUAACCAACUGAGCUACGUGUUCAGGACUUGACUAUUCAGAAAAAUGUAACUUUUCAAUUAUAUUGGUAUAAGAUAUAGGUUUCUCUGACUUUAAAAUAUCUAAUUUGAUUAAUUUGUCCCUCUUUUUUUCAGCACUGCCAGUAACUUGCCUAUGUUAUUAAGACUUUUCAAAUAGUUCGUUUCUUUUAAAAAUAUAUUUUUUUGGUUGAUUUCAGAGAGAGGAAGGGAGAGAGAGAAACAUCAAUGAUGAGAGAGGCUCAUUGAUCGGCUGCCUUCAGCAUUACCCUCACCCCCAUUGGGGAUCGAGCCUGCAACCCAGGCAUGUGUCCUGACCGAGAAUCGAACCCUGACUUCCUGGUUCGUGGGUUGACAGCCACACCGGCCGGGCUCAAAUAGUUCUUAUUGACCCUUUGUGUUUCUGCUCAUUUGUUACCAAAGCAGUCAUCAAUGACCCAGUCUUACAGGAUUCCACCUUGGCGACCUAGUAUCUCUGUCAUUAAGCAUUUUAGUCCUUCAACUUCAUCUUCUCCUGGGUUAAGUUCACCAUCAGUGGAAAAAAUAUCCUCAGGAGCUGUGACUGAUGAAAAUUAAAGGCCAUGGAUGAAGAUGGACUUGAAUUACAACCACAAGAGCCAAACUCAUUUUUUGCUGCAACAGGAACUGAUGCUGCACACAUGGAUGGUGAUCAAAUUGUUGUGGAAGUUCAAGAAACCGUUUUUGUUUCAGAUGUUGUGGAUUCAGACAUAACUGUGCAUAACUUUGUUCCUGAUGACCCAGACUCAGUUGUAAUCCAAGAUGUUAUCGAGGACGUUGUUAUAGAAGAUGUUCAGUGCCCAGAUAUCAUGGAAGAAUCAGAUGUAUCUGAAACGGUCAUCAUUCCUGAGCAAGUGCUGGACUCAGAUGUAACUGAAGAAGUUUCUUUAGAACAUUGCACAGUCCCAGAUGAUGUUUUAGCUUCCGAUAUUACUUCAUCAAUGUCUAUACCAGAACACGUCUUGACAAGUGAAUCUAUACAUGUGUCUGACGUUGGACACGUUGAACACGUGGUUCAUGAUAGUGUAGUUGAGGCCGAAAUUGUCACUGAUCCUCUGACAACGGAUGUAGUUUCAGAAGAAGUGUUGGUAGCAGAUUGUGCCUCGGAAGCAGUCAUAGAUGCCAAUGGGAUCCCUGUGGACCAGCAAGAUGAUGACAAGAACAACUGUGAGGACUACCUUAUGAUUUCCUUGGAUGAUGCUGGCAAAAUAGAACAUGGUGGUUCCUCUGGAAUGACAGAGUCAGAAAUUGAUCCUUGUAAAGUGGAUGGUUCUUGCCCUGAAGUCAUCAAGGUGUACAUUUUUAAAGCUGACCCUGGAGAGGAUGACUUAGGUGGCACCGUAGACAUUGUGGAGAGUGAGCCUGAGAAUGACCAUGGAGUUGAACUACUUGAUCAGAAUAGCAGUAUUCGUGUGCCAAGGGAAAAGAUGGUUUAUAUGACUGUCAAUGACUCUCAGCAAGAAGAUGAAGACUUAAAUGUUGCUGAAAUUGCUGAUGAAGUUUAUAUGGAAGUGAUCGUAGGAGAAGAGGAUGCCGCUGCAGCAGCCGCAGCAGCCGCCGCACACGAACAGCAAAUCGAUGACAAUGAAAUCAAAACCUUCAUGCCAAUAGCGUGGGCAGCAGCUUACGGUAAUAAUUCUGAUGGAAUUGAAAACCGGAAUGGCACUGCAAGUGCCCUCUUGCACAUAGAUGAGUCUGCUGGGCUCGGCAGACUGGCUAAACAAAAACCAAAGAAAAGGAGAAGACCUGAUUCCAGGCAGUACCAAACAGCAAUAAUAAUUGGCCCUGAUGGACAUCCCUUGACUGUCUAUCCUUGCAUGAUUUGUGGGAAAAAGUUUAAGUCCAGAGGUUUUUUGAAAAGGCACAUGAAAAACCACCCUGAACACCUUGCCAAGAAGAAGUACCGCUGUACUGACUGUGAUUACACUACCAACAAGAAGAUAAGUUUACACAACCACCUGGAGAGCCACAAGCUGACCAGCAAGACAGAGAAGGCCAUCGAAUGCGAUGAAUGUGGGAAGCAUUUCUCUCAUGCUGGGGCUUUGUUUACUCACAAAAUGGUGCAUAAGGAAAAAGGAGCCAACAAAAUGUACAAGUGUAAAUUUUGUGAAUAUGAAACAGCUGAACAAGGGUUAUUGAACCGCCAUCUUUUGGCGGUCCACAGCAAGAACUUUCCUCACAUCUGCGUGGAGUGCGGUAAAGGUUUUCGUCACCCCUCAGAGCUCAAAAAGCACAUGCGCAUCCAUACUGGGGAGAAGCCGUACCAAUGCCAGUACUGCGAAUACAGGUCUGCAGACUCUUCCAACUUGAAAACGCACGUAAAAACUAAGCAUAGUAAAGAGAUGCCAUUCAAGUGUGACAUUUGUCUUCUGACUUUCUCAGAUACCAAAGAGGUGCAGCAACAUGCUCUUAUUCACCAAGAAAGCAAAACACACCAGUGUUUGCAUUGCGACCACAAGAGUUCAAACUCCAGUGAUUUGAAACGACACAUAAUUUCAGUUCACACGAAAGACUACCCCCAUAAGUGUGACAUGUGUGAUAAAGGCUUCCAUAGGCCUUCAGAACUUAAGAAACACGUGGCUGCCCACAAGGGUAAAAAAAUGCACCAGUGUAGACAUUGUGACUUUAAGAUUGCAGAUCCAUUCGUUCUAAGUCGCCAUAUUCUCUCGGUUCACACAAAAGAUCUUCCGUUUAGGUGCAAGAGAUGUAGAAAGGGAUUUAGGCAGCAGAAUGAGCUUAAAAAGCACAUGAAGACACACAGUGGCAGGAAGGUAUAUCAGUGUGAGUACUGUGAGUAUAGCACUACAGAUGCCUCAGGCUUUAAACGGCAUGUUAUUUCCAUUCAUACAAAAGACUACCCUCACCGUUGUGAGUACUGCAAGAAAGGGUUCCGGAGACCUUCGGAAAAGAACCAGCACAUAAUGCGGCAUCAUAAAGAAGUGGGCCUGCCCUAACAAUACUUCUACAGACGUUUGUGGAGAUGCAGGCCUUGGAGCAGAAAAUUCAUCUUAAAGCCAAUCAGUCUUGUUCACAUACAAUACUGUAUAUUGAUUUAUUCUGUGUACAAAUAGAGUAUUGCUUGUAGUUGACUUUUUUUUUAAACAUUUUGUUCAGUAGUGUGUUCUGAAUUCUAUUCAGUUUGUUUAAUUAAUGGGGAAAAGCAGCAACAAGCAAGUUGCUUUUAAUGAAGUAAUCCUUCUAUACUGAAAUUUUCUAUUAGUUUUAUAUUUAUUUAAAUAUUUACCUUGCUUAUUAUCUUAAUGGUACUCUUCUAAGACCAUUUAACAUAAAGCUAGGGUAACUUUAGAUUGAGUCAACAUGAUUACUUUCAGAGUAACUAUUCCCCCCCCCCCCCCAUAAAUUUCUUACAAUAAAAUUGUCAGAGACAUCUAACAUAAAUGGGAGAUUUAACAGUCACGUCCAAUUAGGCUAACACGAAAGUCAUGUACUUGUCUUGCUUAAUCUUUUCAGACCACAUGACAACGAAAGUUUCCAUUUGAGCUUUGCAUCCCUGGCAUUGCUGAGUAAAGAACAGUGGGUGGGUUUGUGCUUACUUUUCAUUUUGUUUAGUGGACAAAAUAUAUCUUUGGGGGGCUUUCUUUGGAGUAUUUACAUCUUCUGUCUGCAUAGCAAAGUCUUAGAAAACUUUAUUGACAAAUUUUGCUUGAUCCUGUUGUAUUUUGAUUAUUCUGUCUGUGCUGCUUUGUCUUGGAAUGGUUGUGUGCUACAAAUGAGACUUAUUGAGGACUGCAUUUUGGAAUCUCCUAGAGGUAAUUUGUGGCUCAUAGGAUCUUUUGCAACUUUAUAUAUGUAUAUGUACCCUGAACUAUGUAUAUGCACAUAUAUAUAUAAAACAUGUAUCUGUGUGUAUUGCUUAUUUUACAUAUUUAUACACACAACCCCAAGUAGUAGUUGUUUAAAAUCUAUAAUGAAAAGUAUUAAAUUUACAAUAACAUGAAAGAUGCAGGGAUGUAUGAGAGCAUUUUGUAAAGCAUGCUCUUCAGAGAGACUACUCAGGUGAAGAAUUAGAAGGAAAAUAAGGACACUCGUAUUUUUAAAGAGUAAAGGUAUUUUCUUUUAAAUAUCUUUGGUAAUUGAAAAAUAGAAGUUAAGAUGUUUCUAGAUAGAAUGUUUUCAUACACCUUCAGCUCCAUGCCUUUAUAUUUUUCUGAAAAGUUAACGAGUAUCCGGACAGACCUUCCUCAGUUCUCUCUGAGAAGCCCCCGAGGGAACUCUGUGUUACCAAGCGAGGGAGACUAAAGAAGCUAUGGCUUCGUGUAUCAGAGAUCGGGUGCUAAUUAUGAUUUAUACUUGGCAAGUUCAGCCUACUCUGUUAUUUCUUAGUUGUAGUUAGGAAACUUUCAAACACUUAAUGCUCAAGUUGGCUUUGAUUAGAACAUAACAUUAAAGGUAUGUUUUAAGUGCAUGAGGAAAAUCUGAUGCCUUAUUUGGAAUAUCACCAUGUCUUUCACUGUUUUAUUUUUCUUUGAGUUGAUUUUUUUUAAACAAAUAGUUCAGACUCAGAUUUAUAAAUUCAUAAAAGCAACGCUAAAGUUAAUUAGAAUUUGGUUAUGUUAGAAUAAAUUUUAGAGAACAUAAGACAGUUUUGGGGGGGGGGUCCUUAAAUUGGCUGUCAGCACAUACGAGUACCUGGCACGUCAUGGGAGAUUUUGGACUUUUCUUCCCACUUGAUAGCUGCCUUGCCACUUCAUUAUGGUGCUCCAUCCUCUUUGUGCUUUUAGGUUUUUACCUUUCAUCUUUCUCUUUGCCGUUGAUCUGUAUUCAAGAGUUUAUAGGAUUAGAACUCUAAAUAUCGUGUGUUUGACAAGCCUCUGAAGUACUGGAUUGAUUUACUUCAGUUCUAAGUCAAGUACUUUUAAGCUGGUAUGAACUCCAACCUGAAUGCCAGUCAAAACCAAGGCAUGGGCCUGUCCCAGUGGGAGCUCCUGUGCCCUCUUGGCCGCUAUAACGUGCUUUUUAAAAAAAAGUAACUUAAAAUUGUGUGAUUCAUUGCCCUGCAGUACUAUUCUUGAAAGCUCUGUUUUUUUGAGAACCUUUAAAAUUUCCCUAAUUUUUAAUUUUUCCCAGAGAUAAUGUAAAACACUUAAAUGAAAGUGGAAAUUUAUUAAUUUUAAAACAUCCUAUAAAAUUAAUACAGAAAAUAUAAUUGGUCAUUAUAUUUUUUUAAAUAAGCUGAAAGAUAAAGAACACAGCAUUUUACACACUUUAUAUUUCUCUUACAUAGUCUGGAAUCAUACACAGUUCUUUUCUUUUUAAAGCACAAUAUUGAAACCUUUAAAAGGUAUUUAAGGGUUUGGUCAAGUGAAUAUGAUAAAAUGUAUUUGUCUGUAUAAAGAGAAAAUGAAAUUGUAGUCACUGUUAUGUACUGACAUUAGUUACAACCUAGUUUUACUUAAAACAAUUUUGAUUAGCAAAGCUAAAAAAAAUGGAUGUUUCAGUUAAAUGUUUUAAAGAGGUACAGAUUUUUACAAGGACAUAAUAUAAGUUAUUGUUCUGUAGAAAUAUCCUAUUAAAUAUUGUAUGUCCCUCCCUCUGUACACUUUGUAAAAAAAGUAAAAUACAUAAAAAGAAAAUCAUAUAGGGAUGUGUGACAUUAUUGUAAUUGUGUACUUGAGAAUAAUGUGCAAAAAUAAAAAUCAGAAUAUUUUCCUGUUA